AUGGACCAGGAGGAUCAGGACUUCCUCAGAAGGGAAGCGGCUUUGCGAGGCGCCAUUGAGAUGCUGAAGAAGCGAAACAAGAAGAGCAAAGAGAAGCUGCUGGUCUCCUGGCAGAAGCUCCGGCAGAUUUCCAAGAACACCAGUGGGAGAAAUAGAGCCAUCUGGGAGCAAAACCUAGAGCUUUGGACAAAGACCAUGGACCUCUUUGGGGCCAUCCAGAAGAUCUUUCAGGAGGAGCAGGAUCUUUGCUUUGGUCCAAUGGAUAACAGGAAGAAGAAGCUGGACUUGUCUCCGAGUCAUGCAGAGUCCUGUGACGGCAGCCCCACUGCCCCUUCCCCAUCCUCUGGCCACAAGGAGAGCUGGCACCAUGCGGCCCCCUUCCCAGCCCUGCAGAAGGAGAUGGUCCAACGCAAUCUGAAGGAGGAGAAAAAGGGCCUGCAAGAAGAGAUCAGGGAGCUCUGGGAGAGGUGCAGGGAACUGAGAGGGGAGAUCAGGGGCUUCCAAGAAGACAACAAGAUCAAAGCUUUAUGGGGAGACAUCCAUGUUUUCAAGCACAAGAACAAGUCUUUCUUGGAUCAGAUCAAAGACUUCUUGGAAGAGAACUGGGUUUUCAUGGAAGAGGUGAAGCUGUUUCAAACCCAAAAGUCAGAUGUCCGAGAGAAGGUGAGAGUCUUUCAGGAGAAGGUAGAAAUUUUCCAGGAGAAGAUCAAAGGAGCAGAGGAGGAGAUGUCCUCCUUGGAAGAAAGAAACGAAUCCUUCCGUAAUGUCAUCAAGGCUUUUCAGUUGAAGAACAAGGAGAUCCAGGAGGCGAACAAGGGGAUGCGUGAGAAGAACAAAGCCCUGCAGGAAAAGAUGGAAACGGUGGAAGAGAAGAAUAAGGCCUUUUGGAAGGAAUGCAAAGCCUUCUGGAAGAAGGACAAGAACUUUUGGGAAGAAGACAUGGCCAUCUCCAGGGACAAAAUGAGCCUUUGGAAUGAAUACAUCGCUCUCCGGGACAACGACCAGGCUCUCCAAGAAGAAAAAAGCAGAAUGUGGGACAUGGUGGAAGCUCUUUGGGAUGCCAAGUAUUCCAUCUGGAAGCAACUCAAUGGUUUUCCGGAAGAAGCGCCACAUGACUUAGGAAUUGAAGUGGUGGGGAAUGGGGCCGAUGGCGACCACGACAGUGUCCCUGAAGAAGACAAGCAAGGGUGA